GGGCGAGAGGAGUUUCGGCGGAGGGGCUGGGACCUGGCGCCUGCGGGGAUGGAGGACAUCUGAUCCAUCCAAGUCCCGAAGGAGCUGGGUGCCACCCCGCCGCCAUCGCCGCCGCCAUCCCACCACCGACCCACCACAGAGCAGCCGUGCGUCCACUUCCAGGCGACGAGGCACUGAAGGAGGAACGUCCAGCACAGCUGGGAAAGGACACCGGACUGGAGUAA